AUGCACGCCAUAGGCCGCUGUCUAGGCACGAAGGAGAUGAAAAACUACAGAAAACUCUUCAAGCAAUUAUUUUCCGAAUUCCUUGGAACCUUCUUGUAUUUAUGCAUAGUAUUGUCUGCUGGGAUCGCUAAUGAGACAAAUAAUAAUACAGUUGUAAUUUCAUUGGCUAAUGGUUUAGUUGUUGCAAGUAUAGUGCAGAUGUGUGGCCAUGUGUCUGGUGGUCAUAUAAAUCCUGCUGUAACCGUUGGAGCUCUUGUAUGUGGACAUAUAAAGCCAUUGAAAGCCGUGUGCUUUGUCGCUAUGCAAGUUUUGGGUAGCGUUGCAGGUUCAGCAGUGGCAUACUUAGUGUCAGCAGCCAAACUCAGAGGAAACCUCGGAGCCACACUACCUUACACUGACACCAGACACGAACAGGCCUUCGCUCUGGAGUUCCUGAUGACAUUCCUUCUUGUAUCUGUUGUAUUAAGUGUAUUGGACUCCAAAAGAGGGUCUAGGGGACUCGGGUCUUCUCCUUUGGCCAUCGGCAUGUGCAUCACAGGUUGUUAUUGUGCAAGUAUACCAUACACCUCCUCUCUCAACCCUGUCCGGUCUUUGGGACCAGCAGUAAUGAUGGGGAUCUAUGAUGCCGUCUGGGUCUACUGGGCUGGACCCCUUUCGGGUGGUCUGGUAGCUGGGAUUGUGUACAGAUUCUUUCUCGGAGUAUCUCACUAUGAAUAUAAUUUGAGAAAACGUUCUUUUUAA